AUGGAUUCGGCCGCCGUCGACGGCCUCGCGUCCGAGGCCGGUCUCGCCUUUGCAGACGCGUACACGGUCACCGCGCAUCUCGGGGACGGCGCCACCGCGCGGGUUUUUGAGGCUGUGCGGCGCGACGGCGGGGCUGGCGCGGGCCACGACAGCCGCUGCGCGCUCAAGCUCGCCGAGCGAUCAACCCGUGCGAUCCUGCGGCGCGAAUCGCUGCUACUGCGGCAGCUGAGCGGCCACCCGCACGUCACGCGCUGGCUCGGCUGGUUUGCGAGCAGCACGGCGGUCGGCCUGCUCCUCGAGUUGGCGCCCGGCGGUGACUGCCAGCAACUUCUGCAGCGGCACGGCGCCUUUGCGGAGAGCGCGGUUCGUCGAAUGUUUGGGCAGCUCUGCGCCGCCCUUGGCCACCUUCGUGCUCACGAGAUCGUCCACCGCGACAUCAAGCUCGAGAACCUGCUCUGUUGUGACGCGAGGCAGGGCGGGGACCCGGCGCGCCUGGUGCUGUGUGAUUUUGGCCACGCUUGCUCGGUCGCCGAUGCGCGAGAGGACCGCGAGUUCUUCGGCACCCCCGGCUACGCGCCUCCAGAGGUGACCUGCGGGCCGUGCUGGAGCUACGCGGCAGACAUCUUCUCCGCGGGCGUCGUCAUGUACGCGCUGCUG